UCUCUAACUGCAAAUCCAGUGAUUCGUUCGAUCCCGCUUUCAAUGUAUUGGAUCCACUAAAUCAACCAACAUUCCAUCGCCUAUUUAACCCCAAAUCAGUUCUUGCUUGAUUACCGUUGAAUUCAAUUUCUUAGUUGUUCACAAAAACACAGAGAAAAUGGAGAACAGCCCUCCAUACUACAAGGAGGGCUUGCCAUUGCCAACAACGAUAUCCAAAACAGAAAAACAACGAUCUAGAUCAUCAUCAAGGUCUUCCAUACCUUCAAUCUUUUUCGCUUUCUUCUCUUGUCUCGCUUGGCUUUACAUCGCCGGCAGGUUAUGGCAGGAUGCCGAGAACAGAAUGUUGUUGUCUAAUUUGCUUAUGAAGAAUUCUGCAGAGCGACCGAAGGUUCUUACAGUUGAAGACAAGCUCAUGGUCCUAGGAUGCAAGGAUUUAGAGAGAAGAAUUGUGGAAGCGGAGAUGGAAAUAACGCUAGCAAAGAGUCAAGGUUUCCUUACAGACCAGUUGAAGCAACCUGGCAACUCUUCCCAAAAAAAACUUCUUGCAGUGAUUGGCGUUUAUACUGGUUUUGGGAGUCGAUUAAAUAGAAAUGUUUUCAGAGGAUCUUGGAUGCCAACUGGUAACUCAUUAAAGAAGCUUGAAGAAAGAGGAAUUGUCAUACGUUUUGUAAUUGGUCGGAGUCCUAAUCGCGGUGACAGCUUGGACCGUAACAUUGAUGAGGAAAAUCGUGCAACAAAAGAUUUCUUGAUUCUUGAUGGUCAUGAGGAAGCUGAUGAAGAAUCACCAAAGAAAGCAAAGUUCUUCUUUAGCACAGCAAUUCAAAAUUGGGAUGCAGAGUUUUAUGUAAAGGUGGAUAAUAAUAUUGCCCUUGAUCUUGAGGGGUUAAUUGAACUUCUUGAGAGUCGCCGUGGUCAAGAUAGUGUUUAUCUUGGAUGCAUGAAAUCAGGAGAGGUGGUUGCUGAAGAGGGAAAACCAUGGUAUGAACCAGAUUGGUGGAAGUUCGGUGACGAGAAAUCGUACUUUCGGCAUGCAUCUGGGUCACUUCUCAUUCUAUCGAAAAAUUUUGCACAGUACAUAAAUAUAAACAGUGCGUCUCUGAAGACUUACGCUCACGAAGACACAUCAAUCGGUUCUUGGAUGAUGGGCAUACAAGCAACUUAUAUAGAUGAAAAUCGUGCAUGCUGCAGCGGCUCUGUACAAGAUAAGGUGUGUUCGUUGUCUUGAUUGGAGACACAAGUCAUGGAAACAAUCUAUUUGUAGAAACACAAAUUCUUGUGAACAUGUAUGCUAGGUAUAUGAACAAAUACAAUGGAGAAAGGAGCGACGGUGAUCGGGCUUGAGAAGUUCUGUUUUAUUGGUUCUAACAAAGGUAUAAUCCCCGAAGAAUUUACAAGUAGUUCAUUCCCGUUUAGUAAUACUGUUUGGCUAUGCAAGUCUCCGUUCUUUACUGUUAGGUGAUACUCAUCUCUUGUGGCCUCGGCAAAUUUAGGAUUUCGUAGCAUCUUGGAAAAUUUUGAUUUUUGUGUAUGUUUUGGUUCGUGUUGGAUUGACUUGACUAUUGUAGUGGCGUUUUCAAAAGAGAGGCCGAUGUUGGUUGUUUUAAGACCAUCUAGGUUGAUCAAGAGCACCGUCAUCCCUGCCUGUGAAGUUUAACACUAUCUUAAGUUAGUAAAGCGAUUAAGAGAUUGAGAUUUGGAUCUAUGUAUGCACUUACUGAAGUUUUUGAGC